AUGGCGAUCGUUACAAAUGUCGAAAUUGAGAAGAAGUUCUUUGACUUCUACGAGGGGGACAAAAACGUUUUUUAUUCCAAGGAGCACGAGUUGUAUAUAAGUCUGUGUGGUGAUAACAUGUACUGUUUUAAGAUAAAUGAAUGGGGUGGCAAAAGUAAUAACAGCUUCAAAUUUUACAAUGCUAUGCACCCCACGUGCGUUCUGGAAUCCGCCGUCGAUAUUGAUGACGUGAAGGAGACAUAUCAUAAGAAGUACCUUAACAGACAUUGCAUAUCUUUGUUCAGUUGUAUAAGACUUCUGUACUACGCUGACGGAAAUGUGUUUCUAUGGACAGACGACAACAAGAUACAUCAUUAUACUUUGCAGCUGAACGAUGCGGCGGCGAAGGGGGAUGAGACACAUGGCGACAAUGAACAGAAUGGUGAUGUAAAUGGCGAAGGGGAAGAGAGUGGGGACAGGAACGAUAUUUACUUGUAUGAUGAAGCGGAAGAGGAGAACAAGGGUGCAUACUCAUAUUACUACAACUGGGUUCACUUAAAGGAGAAGAAAGUUUGGAAAUCGCAAAAUGUCGUUGUAACCUGUUUUGGGUAUUCUGGUGAGGGCGGCAAGCAGUUACUCGUUGGCUACAUCAAUGGGUUAGUUAACGUUUAUAAUUUGAAGUCCCAUAAGUUAAAAUAUUCCUACAGAAUACACAACAGUCGAAUUACCAACUUGAGAAUGUAUCGCAAUUUUAUUAUCAGCUCUGAUGUGACAAAGAAUGUUUUCAUUUAUGACUUUGCCAAGGGGGAGAAGGUCGCAGCGUGUGAGGACCACAUGAGUGGCAUCACUGACUUCCUCUUUUUGGCCGUUCAGGGAGGGGCAGUCCCGAAGGGGGAGCAAAACGAGGAUGAGUCCGUCGUGCAGGAGGUGGAUGAAACGAACUCAGACGGUGUAGAGGCGGAAGAGUGCGAUGAGGAGGAAGUAGCGAAUGAAGAAAAGCUGAUCGGGUUCAUCACGGUGGGUAAUGACAAAAUCAUGAACGUCUGGGAUCUGAGCCUUCUUAACGCCCAGGACGAAGAAGAAUUCAACACCCUAAAGAACGAGUACAGUAACAAGAAGAAAAAGAAAAAAAGCCGAAACAGCGACGUAGUCUCGCUUAGCCCCAUAAAGCAGAUAUACCUCGUGGACGACAUAAACCACGCGCUGGUAAUUCCAUCGAGUAUCUUCAAAGGAAAAAAAAGCAAGUUAAUAAUAAACGAUGAAAAUGUAAAAUGGUUAAUCCUAACGCAUGACGCGGAAGGAAACUUUAUUUUUUACAACCCAAUUAAGGCAGAAAUCAUUUUCAAAUUUACAGAAAAUAAUGCAUUAAUUAACCAAAGUAAUGUACACAAAUUUAUUCUCAUAAGAAAUAAUUUACAUGUGUUUAGGGAAGACAGCUCUUUAUUAAUUUAUGACUUACGUGAUUUCAGGAUUGUAAAAAAUUACGCUUGCAGAAUUGAGGGCAUUUUUGAAAUGCUCCUGUUAAGUCCUGUAGGCAGGGGAGAACAACCAUGUGAUAAUUCUCCAAGUGAUGAGGACGAAUUGGCACUGGAAGACACAUCACAUGGAAGUCUAAGUGAAAACCAAUUUGUGGUCCUCACAGGAGAUAAUAUAAUUCGAAUUUUAAAUUUUGAGGAAAAUCUCAUUCAGCAAACUUUACUCAUAGGCCAUGAAGACGUCGUGUCAUGUAUAAAGCUGAGCGAAAAAAACCAGCUGCUGUUUAGCGGGUCCAAUGAUAUGAACAUUUUUGUAUGGAGCUUAAGAAGUAAUCAUUGCAUUUACAUACUCAAGGACAAUUUAUAUACCAUCAAUGCCAUUGACGUAAAUGUGAAGAGGUUUCCCCGCAUUGUCCUUGUGAGUGUGUGUGAGGACAGCAGUUUGAAGCUGUGGAAUUUUACCGUCAAUUUAGAGGUUAUCCAAGGGGGAAAGGAAAGUAAAAAGAGAAAAUUGGGGGAUGACUUUUUUGAGGACAAGGAGAUUUUCCAGAGUAACUUUACCAUUUAUCCACACAAGGUUACAAUAAACGAUGUGGCCAUAUCGCACAACUGCAAGAUGGUUGCCACAUGCAGCAAGGACAAAACGAUCAAACUGUUCGAGGUCGCAAAUCUGAAACUGAUCAGAACACUGGAGGGGCACAAAAAGCCAGUUCAAAAUAUUCAGUUCUCCAAGACGGAUCACAUUCUGUAUAGCAACUCAUACGAUGGCUUGAGGAUAUGGAGCCUGACCAACUUUGAAUGCGUGAAGAGCAUCCAGAGCCUAGACUUUAACUUAACAAAAAUUUUAAUUCUAAAUGAUAACUGCAUGAUUAAUGCAUUCAGCAAUGGAAACAUUAGUAUUGUGAAUAUUAAGAAUUGUGAAAAGGUGUCUACUGUAAAUUACCACAAGGACAAAAUAUUUUGCCUUCAACAGUGCGGAAAUGACAGCAUUGCUUCUGCAUCCCUAAAUGGAGAAUUGCUGUUCUUAAAAAACGUUAGUGCAAAGGUAUGUACAGAAAAUAUGCUACACAAGAGGAAACACUUAUUCUAUGAAAACCAGCUGGAAAAUUUGCUAAGUGAAAAUAAAACAAACGAAUCUUUGCUCAUGUGUUUGAAGCUCAAUAAAAAAUUUAAAUUCAAAACCGUUAUAGAAACCUAUCUAAAUCGUUAUACCUUCUCCAUUUUGCACCUUUUAAAAAAGUUCGAGUAUGAGUAUGGUAUAAGGAAGAUAACCCAGAGGGGAAGGGAUAGCCCUGGUGUCGUUUCUGGGGGGAAAGGCACAAAAGGGGGAGACUCCAUCAACGAUACUUCUAACAGUGGAGAAAGGCCCACAAAUGGCACACUGCAGAGCAACCUAUCCGAUGACGACCUUAUUGUUGGUAGCAUACACAACUAUUUGGAAAAUGCAGAUGUGUUGCAAAAUUACAUUUACGAAGAGUUGUUAAAAAUGAUACCUAGUGGGUCGAACGAAGCGGUUGCGUGUGAAAAGGGGAGACUUCAACACAAUGGGGGGGAGCAAGAAGCUGGGGAACGGCGAAACCAUGACGAGGGGGGUGACUGCGAACAUGGUAACCCCGACGAGGAUGAAAACUUUGUGCUGUUUUUAAAACGAAUGAAGGAUAAAAACGAGCACUCCUACUUCCUAUACCUUAACAAGCUGAUGGACUUCAUUUCCUUCUUCAUCAUGAACCACAGAUAUGCUUACAUUUCUAAUUUCCUCCUCAACAGCGUAAUCACCUAUAUUGACUACGCCGACAUUUGCAAAAUUAAUGACUACAAACGUUUUUUCGAAAUAUACAAUAGUUAUGCACCGAGGCACAAAAACAGGUACCUUCAGUCGCUACAGAAAUCCAAGUGCUUCGAGUUAAUUAAUAUUAAUUAUUAUAAGGGCGACAUCAAAAUGAUGGGUUGA